CACAUAAUAAAUGCAACGCCCAUUCUCACCAUCUUCACCCCAACUGUACUCUACAGAACAGAACCUUCCAGACCUCCAAUUCCCCUUCCAUGGCGAAAUUCAAGCAUCCAAUCGCCGAAGCCAGCGAGACCAGUCCGUUCGGCGCGCUUACCGCCGAAGAAUUCUACGCUCGCCACGCCGUCGUCCACGGCUCCGCCUACAUCACUAGCACCAACCAGAAUCUGAAGCUCUUCACGCAGUGGUGGAUUCCGGCGGCGGCGGCGGAGGUUAACGGCGUCGUCUGCGUGGUCCACGGAUUCACCGGCGAAUCGAGCUGGUUCGUGCAGCUGACCGCCGUUCACAUCGCCAAGCACGGAUUCGCCGUCUGCGCCGUCGACCACAUGGGGCACGGCUUCUCCGAGGGGCUAAUUGCGCAUAUUCCGGCGAUAGAUGCCGUCGCCGACGACUGCGUGAGGUUUUUUGACGAAUUCCGGUCGAGGUUUCCGGCGGAGCUGCCGGCGUUUUUAUACGCGGAGUCGCUCGGCGGCGCGAUUGCGCUGCUGAUAACGCUCCGGCGGCGGGAGGGGACGGUGGCGCCGGCGAGGAAGUUCGACGGCGUGGUGCUGAACGGAGCGAUGUGUGGAAUUAGCGAGAAGUUCAAACCGCCAUGGCCGCUGGAGCAUUUUCUGUCGAUAGCGGCGUUUCUGAUACCUACGUGGUGCGUGGUCCCCACGCGCGGGUCGUUGCCCAAUGUCUCCUUCAAGGAGGAGUGGAAGCGGAAGUUGGCGGUAGCGAGCCCGAGAAGGCCAUUGUUGAGGCCGCGCCCGGCCACGGCGAAGGAGCUGUUGCGCGUUUCCCGAGAGCUCCAGUCGAAGUUCGAAGAAGUAAAUGUUCCGUUCCUUGUGGUCCACGGAGGGGACGACGUUGUGUGCGACCCGGCAUGUGUGGAGGAGCUCUACAACCGCGCGAGCAGCGAAGACAAGACCCUGCGGAUCUACCCGGGCAUGUGGCACCAGCUGGUGGGCGAGCCCAAGGAAAAUGUGGACCUUGUGUUCGGGGAAGUCGUGGAUUGGCUCGUCACUAGGGCGAAGAAAGCCCGGAGCCGUGGCUGAGCCGAGGCGGCAGGCGGCGGCGGAGUGAGUGGUGGUGGUGGAGAAGAUUGAUGGGUUUGUAUGUAAGUUUGUUGUGAGGGAUUAUAUAUGAUGUAUUUUCUCAUCAAAUAUUCAAUAAUUAAUUUAUGCAUGAAAUAAAAGUAUUUAAUUUUCCUGUGAA